AUGUCCCAUGCUCUUCUCCUCCGGCUCUUUAUCAAUUAUUUCUCUGUCCAUGUCGCCCUUCAGUACCUUGCUCUGUACUCGGACAAUAUAGGAAUUACAUAUUACAUCACCUCGCGUCUGCGCCAGCUCGAUACCAAGGAUCUUGCCGAUGUCUGGGGAUUUAUUUGCCAUCUUUUGGUGACCAGGCCGUCCAAGUCUCGCGCUCUGGAAUGUUUCGUAGUCGAUAUUGCACACCGGUCGACUCAUAUUGCGAUGAUAACACUCUGGUUCAUGCAAGCAAGUCUCCGGGAUCUUUCUGGUACGCGACACAAUUCCAAGUCAUUCUUGAUAUGCCAGCGUAUCCUUCAUCAAUGCCAUGAAAUUAUAUUUGGAGACCUUCCACCUCCGGUUCCAGCACCCUAUUCAUCCAUCUGUUCUUCUUUCCAGUCUCGCUUUACUCGGAAGAAAAUUAAGCAUCGAGUCGAACCGGCCCUCGUGGGACUCGGGGUUGUACUCGCAGGUGCCCCAGCUAUGCCCAAGCUGACAGAAAUCGUGGGCCAAGUCGCCAUAGAGCAGGGAAGAGUGGACGAUGAAGGCACUGGGUACCGGAGCAUCAACAGAUAUGGUGACGAGGUGGCUCCUGCUGCUAGUCCAAUUUUAAGCAAAACUUCCUUGGACUCAAGCUAUGAUGAUCACGACGACGCCGACGAUCUCAGCGAUGGAUCUCAGCACACGCCAUCCCCAGGAUUUAUAUCUAACGAAGAAAAGACCGUUAGACACCGUAACAUCGGUCCUGCACAGACAGCUCCCUCUUUACCUUUACAUCUUAAUGGAAUACGGAAAUCGCGCCUGUCGGAAGAUCCUUUAGGCCAACUCGACACUGAACAAAUUGUUUCGCCCUAUCAGUCAUCUCCUUCUGUCUCCGCGUCACGUCCUCCUCCACGUUCCGUGUCGAUUAGUUAUGCCGAUAAUCUAUUACAGUCUUACGAUGGGCCGUCUCAGACGCACCUCCUUCGAAGUCAUUAUUGUCGAUCAGAGAUCCAAUUUCUACUAGUUCUUGAAAGCAUUUCAAACCGGCUUCUCGAUAUUCCAAGACCGGCGCGAAUAAGUGCUCUAAGGGCGGAGUUGACUGCUUUGAACCACCAACUUCCAGCUGAGGUAUGCAUGCCUAUGUGGUGCUCCUCGUCAGAUUCUCCCCGUCCCGUGGGAGGAUCGCAACCCCAUCAUCGUAUCGUGCGAAUUCCCCCCGGCGAAAGUGUUGUUCUCAACUCAGCCGAACGCGCUCCCUACGUACUCUUGAUAGAAAUCCUCAACGACGACCUUGAUUUCGAUCCAAAUAAACGAGCCAACAAAGACGUCUUGAAGAAAAUAGUUGUUAAGGAACACGAAAAGAAGGGCGCCUCCAAGGAGUUGAUUCCAUUUCCUCCACUCCCUUCACGCCACAGUCCCAAAUCUGACUCUCUGAAUGACACCGAUGUCGUGGCCGCUGCAGUUCACACACCAGUCUUUUCUCCCAUCUUUACUGCCUCCUCACCUCCAACACCCUCGUCACCUAACGAAUCUGACGAAGAGAUGGACCUCGUUGAACAACUCUACGGAUCCGAUCAAUCUCUUCGUUCUCGACCUGUUGAUCUUUCCGAUUCCAUUGUGCUACCCCCAACUCCGAAGAACAGGGAACUCGAUAUGGUUGCAUGGUCACGGUCCUCGUCAAUUCCGCCCUCCCCUUCACCAGAACGCGGUGCACCCAUGGCCCGUGCUUUAUCCAGUACCUCUGAUUCUUCCGCGCAUUUGUCACCCGUCCCUGAUCACGUCGAUAACGGUCCUGCCUUAUCUCUUGAUGAAUAUUCCGAGCGCAUGCGGACGGCUGCGAUCAUGCUGGCCCAGCUCAACGCCAAUCUUGUUCGGGAACCUGUCACGAACGGCGCAUCAUCAGAAUCACAGUCUCAAUGGGGUCCCAUAAGCUGGCUUCCAGGUUCCAGUUGGUUGACAACGCCAGGAGAUCAUUCAGCGAAAAAUUCCUCUGGGUUGGGUCCCCCAGAUCAUCCAUCAUCGCAGCAUCUCCAACCAACACGAAUGAGACUGCAACUUUCAGAAGCUUCUGCCAUACGUGAGCGAAUCAUGCAAGAGAUGUUAGCGUUGGAGGCAGAGCGGAUGGAACGGAUGAGAGAAAACAGAGAGAUGGAUAAUCUCAUGCGAAUAGACAAUCUCAGUGGAAGGAAAACUGCUGAAGACGAGGGUAUCAUUAGGAGGGAGAUAAACAAAGCCGAUCCUUCUGCGGUCGUUUUAGGUGAAUCUUGGGCAGCCAAAAAGAGUCGCAUAAGGCAUGGAUCGCCAUAUGGGCAUCUCGCAAACUGGGAUUGUGUCUCGGUUAUUGUCAAGACAGGCGGUGAUCUUCGGCAAGAACAACUAGCAACUCACCUCAUUCGUGAGUUCCAAAGAAUAUGGGAGGAAGAAAAAUGUCAAUGCUGGGCAAGAUAUUUCCAUAUUCUCAUAACGGGAGGCUCUUCUGGACUGGUGGAAACGAUAACGGACGCGCCUUCCAUUCACUCGAUCAAGAAAGCUGAAUAUGCUCGUCGGCUCGCUCAAGGUCGACUGGGUCACGUCACUUUAUUUGACCAUUUCAAAAGUACAUAUGGUGACCCUUCAUCGGCGAAAUUCAUUCGUGCUCAAAGGAAUUUCGCGAAGUCUCUAGCAGGCUAUUCCGUCAUCACCUAUCUUUUGCAGAUAAAAGAUCGACACAACGGGAAUAUCCUUUUAGACAGGGACGGUCACCUCAUACAUAUAGACUUUGGAUUUAUACUGAGUAAUACGCCUGGAAACAUUGGCUUUGAGGCUGCUCCAUUUAAAUUUCCUUCAGAGUAUAUAGAGGUUUUGGGUGGUGCUACAGGCCCGUCUUUCUUGGAGUUCAGGCGGUUGUUCAGGGAAGGAUUUGAGGCUGCGAGGAAGCACUGCGAUAGAAUCAUCACCCUCGUUGAGCUAAUGCAAAAGGAUUCUGCGCUGCCAUGUUUUGCCGCUUCCGGGGAGCAAACCGCCAAUCAAUUGCGGGAACGCUUUCAGCCUUCCUUGACACACUCACUGAUUGGAGAGCAUGUGGACCGUCUUAUCGACAGUUCUUUGGGGUCACAUUGGACGCGAUUAUAUGACUCGUUCCAAUACUACUCCCAGUCUAUCCUAUGA